ACAUAAGGGAAGGGUCCACUCUACUUUAAUAAUUUUGUGCAUGAAACAAAGAUGGUGUACAGUGAACCUUCACAAAGCAAAGAUGUCACUAUCUCAGCCACCCCGUGUGGACAGUUUAGGGAAUUAUUUAGAGAGUCAUUCACACUGUGCAAAUAAUCCAGGAUGAAUCUGGGUUGAAUCUCUGUUCACACACAUCCCGAAUGCACCCAAUUAAGUUGAGGAGGCUGUCACUUAAUCCGGGAUAAUCGACAUCAGGUUUUCCCCGCGUUUUUAAAAACGAUCCACAUUGCUGGUAGUGUGAAUAACCGAUAUGAAUAGACCUGGGAUAAAACGUUGCAUGCCUUGAACAUAUUCCAAAUGCAUUCACAUUGUCGACUCCAUCUUUAUUUGAAUGUUUGCAUGUGUGAGCAACCGAACUUGCAGAGAUGCACAUCAGUGCGAUUCCAUAGUGAAUAACAAACCCAGAAUGCAUGAUUGAGAUUAUUUGUGUCUUUGCAGUAUAAAAAACUAUAUCUGAAUGACCCCGGAGUAUUUCUCAUUUUACAAUUCCGCAUAAGGGUGGCUCAACCUGUACUUGAUUAUAGCACUAAGGUUCCAGUUUAGCUGCCUUUGCUCCAUCCUAUAGAGUCCUGGGAUUUGCAGUUUGGGUAGGGGCAUUUAGAAUUCUCAACCAGAGAGGUCUAGUGCCUCACCAAACUGCAAACCCUUGGAUUCUAUAGGAAGCAGCCAUGGCAAUUGAAGUAAAAUAGGACUGUACUUGUGGGCUGUGAAAGGACCCUUGGUUCUAGACCUCUUCAGCACUAUUUUAUUAUAUUAUUAUAUGCAGAAGGGCCAUCAAAUGUGCAGAGAUCUGGAGGAGGAAAGCAGGCACAGUCCCCACAACCCUCUAGCUUCAUUCCAUGUUUUUUACUGGCUGUCUUAAAAGAGCUGAUGUGGCAAACGUCUCCUCCUCCCCGCCCUGGAAUGGGGCUGUCCUUUCUGUAGUAAUUGCAACAUAAAUGGAAAUCUAGCUGAUGAUACCCUCCCUUUCCUUGUGUCUCUGUGCCUGGUUUAUAUAAUGCUAAUCUCCACCAGUAUUAACUGCUAGUUCGACACUCCUGCAUGUACCACAUUGUGUUGUUAGAGCUACCACAAAGGUUUCACAAGAACAUGCAAGCCCUGCAGGCCCUUCUGUGAGGUUGGAAAGAAAUUGUUGUACCAAGUCAUCCAUCUGGAUGUGUGAGCUUUGAAGGGAGAGAGAGAAUAUUCAGAAUUGGUAAAUGGAUUUGCAUGGGGUUCAGAACUGAGCCAACUUCUGAAAUAAUAUCCCUGAACUUGAAUAGAUGGCUCUCCAGCAGCAUCUACAAGCUUUUAAUAUCUCCCCAGUAGAGGAGAAGAGAUUGUGUCUAAAUGGAACACCCUGGAUUUGGCAUUUCCUUGAAGAAUGUGUCGGGAAUGCGUGGGAGUAUUGGAGUGUUGUCAUAGGCCUGAUCUCCAUUGUCUGCUUUCUGUUUGCUGCUCUACCUCAAUUGUAUGUGGCCUAUCAGAAUGGAAAAGUGGACCAAGCACUGUCAUUGGGUUUCCUCCUGUGCUGGAUUGCUGGAGACCUCACCAGUUUUAUUGGGUGUUAUUUGACAAAGCAACUUCCAAUACAGAUCAUCACUGCCAUUUUUUACAUUUACAUGGACAUAAUUAUGAUAUCCCAGUUUGCCUAUUAUAAGCUAAGGAAUCAGAAGGUGACAAAAUGUGGUAUAAACUUGAAGAACUGUUGUAUAACCUGGAUCUUGUUGUGCCUAGUACUGUGUAUGAUUUUACCCAGUCAACUGCUGCUACAAAGCCAAGUCCAGACCAUUCUUUCAGGAAAAAGUGAGAGAUCUCAUGAUAUAAUUGAGACGUCAGGCUUCAUUUGUGGCUAUGUAUCAUGUGUGUUUUAUUUAGGAUCAAGAAUUCCUCAGCUGUAUAAAAAUUUCCAAAGAAGAUCGACAGAAGGAACAUCUUAUCUGUUGUUUGCCUUAGCCAUGAUGGGAAACUGUACCUAUGGUCUAAGUCUUGUCUUAAAGAUGCCUGCAACAAAAUAUCUCAUACGUUUUUAUUUCUGGCAUCAUCUUCCUUGGCUUAUUGGGAGUUUUGGAGUUUUGUUUCUAGAUAUUUUUAUAACUGUACAAUUUAUUAUAUAUCGUAAACAAAAGAAGAAAAGAGCCAGCUUGGUGGCCUUAGAAAUAGAACCCUUGCUCAUAAAUGAAGAUUUCUGAUGUCCAUAAAAUCCGUGUUAUCUUUCUGUAAAAUCAGCUGGAUCCUCAUUUAGUCAUAACUAACUCAAGUCCCAAUGGGUUCUCUCCAGAUAUGAUAAAGUUUAGAUGUACCCCCUUGUUUUCAUUCUGACAUCUUCAAGACUUGCCAUAAGUGAAAGAUGAUGCUCAUUAGAAGCUCAUCUUAUUUCCAUUUGCUUGUAUUUGGUUGGUUUGGAGAGAUACUGUUACAAAAGAGAAAAGAAGCCAGACCUAAGAGUUCCAGGAUGAUCUUCAAUUACUGGAUUUUAAGAAGUUGAAAUCCUUGGAGACUAGCCAGUGUGGGAAGAAACAUGCCAGUUUUGGCAAGAUCAGAUGCUAAGUCACAACCAAAAAAAGCAUCAUCUUUUGAACUAAUAUUUUCAUCCUUAAAUGAAUCUUAUGUUGCACACUACUUUUCUGAGCCAGAUGAUAAUAAACUCUUUUAUAUACCAGUAA